AUGAUUCACCUCCAGAGAAUGCCUUUCCUUUGGCUUUUCCAAAUCUAGAACAGCAGCUCCAGCCCCUGCCUCCUUGCCAUGACUCAAAGGAAUCUAUGCAGGUGUUCAAACAGCAUUGCCAAAUAGCAGAAGAAUACUAUGAAGUCAAAAAAGAAAUUGCACUGCUUGAAGAAAGAAAAAAAGAGUUGAUCACUAGGCUAGAUGAAGCUGAGAAAGAGAACAGGGAUGCUGCACAGUUAACGAAGGAGUACGCAGAUCUGACAGAAGAGAACCGGACACUGAAGUUGACCCAGACACAAUGUGUCGAACAGCUGGAGAAGCUUAGAAUACAGUAUCAAAAGAGACAGGGAUCAUCAUAACCUGAAUGAACAUAUCUGGGCCAAUAAAAAAAAUGCAAAUCUUGAGUCUGCUGGGUAAAGGGAUUUUUUUUUCUUUCCAUGUCUCAGAGAUUCCUUCUAAAGAGUUGGAACACUUAAACUUGCAGACUAUACAAGCAUCUAUAUUUAAUGUAAUGCUUUCCAGCCACUAGCUAAAUAUGGAUAUUGGAUAUUUUAUUUCAAGUAGCAUAGUUAGAGGCUUAUCAGUCCCUAUUAUAUAUGCAAAUGGAUCAAGUUUCUGUUCUAAAGAUAUUUCUUUCAAUUUUAAGAAGGUUUAAGUGCAUUAGAAACUGGUAUGAGUCAUCUCUGUUGGAGGGUGGAUUACACUAAGAUAUAUGGCAGGAAGAAUGUUAAAAUGGGGCAGGCUGCAGCAAUGCUGUCUUUUAAAUUUGAACUAAGAAAACGGAGAAAAAUCAGUCUGUUAUUUAGCAAGAUAGGUGAAAAGGUACUCAAACAUGGAAGAAUAUUUAAAAGUUAGCAACAUGCUAUCUAAAUCACUUUCUUUGUCAAGCUACAGCAAAAACAAAUAUAGAGAGACAAAUUCCUUGGCUAUAACCUCCAAUAUAUUUAAUAGGAUUUCAAUUCUAAAUAGAUUGUCUUAGAAUUUCAGUAUAAAUUGACAUGGUAAUAUGUACAUUGUUAAAACAAUAAAGGGACAGGUCUAUGUUGUACAACAGUAUUAAACUUCUUAAAAGUAAAUCCUGUUGAUUUUAAUGGCAUUUUUGGUUUGAAAUUUAGUUAGGAUGCUACCCAGGCAUCAUUCCCAAAUGAAGCCUUGAGGAUUUACUUAAUAUUUGACAUCAAAUUCAAAAUGUAACAAAAUUAACUACUAUAUAUAUUUUUAGAAACUCUAUUCAAAUUAUUACCCUUUCUAUACAUAGAAAGGGUAGUCUUUUAGUUGUAAUUUUAUACAAAAAGUCAUCUCUAUUAACACGUGCUACAUGCAAAAGUCACUAUUCAUUUGAAACAACACAACACUACACCCUAAUUAAAAGCAGUGCUCAAUGUGUUGUGAGAAUCAGCCUCUUUCCAAGCAAAUGCAUGUUCAAACCACAUUGCAUCAGCUUGUUUCCAUUUCUCUUUUUUGUAAAAGUAUCUUCAAUACCACAAGGUAAUCAGAAUUAUGAUGCUAGAAAGAAUAGGGAUCAUUCAUCCAAUUUGUGCUCUGAAACUAUUUUUCAGAUCAGGAAAAGCACACAAUUAUUUCAACAGUAUAUAAAAUGAAUAAUUAUAUAUUUCUAGGGGGGUAAAUAAGAUUUGCAAAAGCCAAUUUUAUCAGUGGUUUUAUUCCAUCUUCCUUCCCAUGCAGUCAAAUAGGGCUAAGGAUUAGCUACUUACAGAAAGAAUUCUCAAAAUCCUCCCUCACCUUUCCCUGCCAGAACUCUAUUCCACCAAUGACAACACAAUCUAUGAACUGUUUUCUUUCUGAUUUGGUGCUAAAACUGAAUUAUCAAUGUGGUUUAUCAAAGUAGCAUUGCAGUCAUCAUUGGAAUAGGCAAAAAAUGCCCACUGAACAAAAUAUUUUUGGCAGUUUUGUUCAUGUUGAUGUUAAAACUUAUGUUGACUUGAAAGUAAAUUCAGGUUGGGAUUUGCUUUUUGGUAAUUUGUUUAGGUUUGUGAUGAAAAAAUGAUUUAGUCUUACAUCCAAAUUUUGAUGAACUUUCUAGAAGAAAGGGCUGAUCUUAGAUAAAUAUUUUAAACGUUUCAUUUCCUUCUUUUUCUCCACAUACUUGUUUUCCUUGAAUCAGCUAAAAUGUCUUUGUUAUAUUGCCGUUCUAUUCGCACAGUAUUUU